GCAGCUCCUCCCCUCGUCGACAUUACCGCCAUGUUUUUUUUUAAACAAAGACCGUCUGCAGCUGACCCGAAUACUGUAAAAGUUUUGCAGUCUUCAACCUGACCUGCUGACUCUGAUACAAACGUGAGUACUUAAUCCAACCCUGACAGGUGUUUUAUUAUGAAUAUAUAUAUCUAUAUCCUUCCGUGUUGUCAGUCUGUUGUUGUUGUUCGUCUGUGUUCAUAAACUCCUUAAACGAUCGUCAGUAAACCUCAAAUCUGCUCAGAGUUUGUUUAUCAGCUGUACUUAUGGAGUUAGUGGAUGAAAAAGGUUCAAAUUUUUGUUGUAGUCGAAGUCGGUUGUCUUUUAGAAAGUUUAAUCGAUUCGUCGAAUUGAAGUUUUACUCGUUGAAGUACAGCUGUGUUGUGGAUCAUUAGAAAUGGCGAAUGAGGAAGUGUUAUGAAAACAAACAUCGUCACUCUCUGUGGUUUUGUUCGGAUAUCUGCGACUGUCUCUAAACUGUUGUUUCAUUGGUGCAGUUUUUAAGAACAAUGCACCGAGCACACUGCACCUCUAAGUGCAUUUAUAAUAAACUCAUAGUUUGUGUUGAAUUCGUAUUUGUAGGAUAAAGGUCGUUAUCAGUUAAAGAAGAUGGACCUGAGGUGAAGAAGUGAAUAAAUGAGGAAAUGUGAAUCAAUAAGGAGAAAAAUGAUGAAUUAUCGAUGAUGUUUGGAGGGGAGAUGAAAUCAGCUGGACUAACAUGAUCACUGUAAACAUUUCAGUUCAGAAUCAUCAGUCUGUUCUCCUGUCUCUUCCUGGUUGUGUUGAGUUUGAUGAGUGGGCGCCCCCUAGUGUCAAAAACGAAGGAGUGCAGCUUUAAUGUUUUCUUCAGAUUAAGACGUACAAUGAGAGUUUGAAUGACUACAGACUGUAGAUGUGGCACUGACUUUGUCUCUGUGUGUGUGUGUGUGUGUGUGUGUGUGUGUGUGUGUGUGUGUGUGUGUGUGUGUGUGUGUGUGUGUGUGUGUGUGGUUCCUCUGACAGGGUGAAGAUGGUCUCCAGGUUCCUGCUGCUCAUGGCUCUGAGCGUCUGUGUCUCUGGUUGGUUUCCACCUUCACUUUCUUCUCCACAAAGAGAAAAGAGGAGAUCCACUUUGAGACUGACUGAAACACUUGAACACUUCCAUUAGAAAAGAUGUUGAAAGACUCACAUGUUCCUGUGUUUUUCUGCUCCUCUCUUUCCCUCUCUGUCUCCUCUACAGGAACACUUGUAGUCAAAGUGGCUCACAGCUCCUAUCAGGCAGAAGUGGACCAGGACCUCACCCUGGAGUGGACCUUCACACCCAGACCUGACAGCUCUCUGCAGACUCUGAACAUUUUCUGUUCCAUGUUCAACCCUCAGAAAGACCUAGUUUUGCUUAAUCUUCAUAAAGGAGUGGAGGUCCCACAGAAAGAGGGAGACUUUGUAGGUCGAGUCCAGUGUGACAAAGAGGUCCUCAAAGAGGGACAGAUCAGACUUCAUCUGUCCUCACUCAAGACUGAAGACUCAGGCUGGUAUCAGUGUGAUGUCCUCACAGAGUACGGGAAGAGCUUGGACAGAUGUUCCCUCAAUGUGACUGGUGAGUUGAUUUAUUUCUCAGCAGAACUUUAAAGACGUUCAGUUCAGGUUCUGUUUCUCUUUGGAUCUUCUCUAAACCUGAAUCAGACCUUUUAUGAGCUUUAACAUGAAGGUCCUAAAAGGAGAGAGGGUCUCUGAAUCCUGGACCCUGAUUGGUAGAUGGUUCCAAAGGAGAAGGGUCUGAUUACUGAAGGUCCUGCCUCCUGUACGACUUUCAGAGACUUUACUAGAGCAAACUGAGACCUGCAGUAAUCACAGAAACAUGAUCAAGUCUUUGUUUGUCUCCUUCCAGCAGCCAAGAACCAGAGCAGGUCUGAGUGUGAAGCAGAGGGUCCAAACACAGUGGUGUUGGGAAGGAUAGACAUCGUCAUCGUUACACUGGGAACAAUCGCAGGAGCUGCUCUGAUCUUUUUUCUUUACCGUUGCAUCACUCGCUCUCGUCCUGUUUCUAGCUGUAGGGACAAAAUUUGGAGGAAUAGGAGGAGGAGUAGUAAUGAGACUGAAGUCGUAACAAAAUGCGAACUUAUUGUGGUUAAUCAGCAGCAUCAAUCAUGUCAUGUCAUCAGUGUGCUAGAGAGUGAAUGUGAAUGUGAAGAGAUUUGACGGGUCAGAAGACGAGAAAAAAACUUAUAGAUCAACAAACUUCUCAUUGAGUGUACCGUGACCUCUGAACUCAGUCCUCAGUCCUUUUUGAGUUUAAGAAGUGAUCGACAUCCCACAGAUGGAUGAGCGCUUAGCAGGCCGAGUGUAGUGGGACUAAAAUGUUUUAUUCAACAAAAGACUAAACUUGAAUCAACAAACUUACCUCAAACAGAAAAGGUCAAAAAGAAAAAUCUAAAUAACCAAAAACACAAGGAGCAGAAAUCCAGGUAGAACAAAGAGGCACCAGGAAAACCAGGAAGAGUGGGGGGUGGGGGUGGGCAGGGAGACAAGCAACAGGUCAGGCAGACAACACGCAGGUGAGACUCAUGAGGGAUUAACUAAGGAGGAAAAGCAGAGGAGGAAAAACUAGAGUGGAUACACAGAGACUGACUGACAUGAUCUCUGAAAGUGUUUUCAUCUUUGAUAAGCUGCUUUUAUUCUGAGCCGAAUGGUAUCAACAAAAACAUGUUUGAUCUUUGAAGUGUUUAUAUAUGUUAUACAUAUGUAAUAUUUGAUGUGUCUGUAUUUUUCAUAGACUGUAUAUAGAAAUACAUAUAAGUAUAUACAGUCUAUGGUAUUUGUACAUAUGUGCAUUUAAACAUAGUCUUUUCACCUGCUCUAUUCUGGUCCAGGGUUUUUGUGUCCUUCUUUUUUGACAUGACCUUUUUCUUUCUGUUUUUAUCUCUAAUGUUGUUGAAUCUUGUCCGUGUUGGUGAACUUUGAGAUUUUGAGUCAUUGGUCUCCUCACAUUUCUCUUUUAUUUCUAUUUUGUUUUCAUUGAUAAAGCACUUUGUAACCAUGGUAACACUAUAAAGUCAGUCCUUACUUUUCUACCUCAUGUCUACAGGGUCAAACAACUCUGACAGAGUUUCCUGUCAGAUUCUGUUCUUAUACUGCAGUCCUUUUUAAUGAUGUUAUAAAUGUUUUUCAUAAUUUCUUUUCUCUUUCAUGGACGUUCUAAGUUUUCAGUGACUUGUCUACCUUUGUGUUUCUCUUACCGUACAGUAGUUCAUUUAACUGAUUUUCUUUUUACUUUUUACUUCUCAGGGUCUAUAAAACCUGAAUUCCAGCACUGACUUGUUUUUUUUAUUAUUUUUUUAUUAUUAGCUCCAGAAUUUGUUAUAUUUAGCAGUAGACAGGGUCUGGAGUGAAAGGGGGUGUUUGUUAUUAAUGUUUCUUUUGUAUCUUGUGCUCUUUAAAGAUCUCACUGCACUGUAUGAAUCUGUAUAUAACUAAUAAAAAUAUUGUUGAUUAAAAAAGUUUUUCAGACAUCUAUGUUGUUUUGUGAAUUAAGUUGUUCUCCCUCCUCAGUGUGAAGAGUUUUCUGACUCAGCAGGGACCUCUGGUGGUUCUCAGCUGUAAGUAAAAUAAAGGAAAAUUCCACCUAAACCUGCGUCUCAAACUUUUAUGGACACAAGAAAAAAAGAGGGUGAAAAACUUUUCAGAAUAUCAUUUUUAUAUCAUUGAACUGUUUUCUCUGCUUUAGUUUGAAUCAAUCAUCUUAGACUCAAACAUGAUUAUUUAGAACUUAAACAAUAUUAAAUUAAAUAUUUGGAUUCUUUAAGAUCCUGUUUGACUUCCUGUUUGAGAGAAAAAAAAACAGACACAUCAGAGCCAGAUCACGUUGUUAAAAGUGUUACUUUGUUCCACCAUAUACAAAAAAGAAAUCCAUCCACCGUCAGAAUAUGGACAAAGCUUACAGUAGGAGUACAUCAGUACAAUGUAGUGCAACAGGUUUCACAGUCAGCGGGUACAUUAAUCAGCCACAAGGGGGAAGCAGGAGCUCGGACACUUGUGUACAGCUUCAAUAAUCAACAUCCACUGAAUGUAUUUACAGAGAAAGAGACGCUGGCAGAGGUUGGAGGAGCGUGUCCGUUCACUUCAGUUUGACUUCAACAGGAUGGGAAACACUCCAAUUUUAUCAUCAUUCAGUUAAAGAACUACGGCCCAGCAUGAGAGACCAAGAGAAGUGAAAUGAAGUAAGCGCCCUCUGCUGCCCAGAAAGAGUACUGAUAUUUAUUUUUUCAUGAUUUUUGUUUUCAGUGGACACCUUUAGGGAGCACAAGUUUUGAUUCCUUGUCUUUAUGGAAGAAAUAAACGAGUCCUAACACGAGGAUUCAUGAGGAACAAAGACCCGUUAGAGAGACAAACUAGAGGAGAGUGACACAAAGUGACAAGUUUGCACAAAGAGUGGUUCUUAGUUUCCUUUAAAAGAAGAGGUACACAUAAAGCAUAAGCUGAUGUUUUACAGGAGGACAGACGGGUAAAAACGAUGAUACUGAAUCUGAUCUGAUUCUUUCCAAACUACCUUCUUUCCUGUUCUACUUCUGGGAUUUUGUACCCAGGUCUUAAGUGACCCAGCAGCACUUGGUACUUUGGUCUUUAUUGUGGUGAAGACAAUUGGUGAUGAUGAUGAGAGGUCUUAAUGUCAUUGAUUGCUUGCUUUCUUGUUGAUGUUCAUCAUCUAAACACACUUGUGCAUUUUCUUUAACACGGUGAGAACAGAGAAGAUCUGAAGAAGAAGGAUGUUUGUCUCUGCAUGGAGAGAUCUGUGUUUGAAUCUAAGCUUCAGUGUCUGGUCUAAACGGCCAAAGGGAGUUUGGAAAGAAUCAGAUCAGAUUCAGUAUCAUCAUUUUCACCCCUCUGUCCUCCUGACUUACUCUGUGACACAUCAGCUAAAGAUUACUGUGGUUUAUGAACACAUGAACUUCUCUUUUUGUGUGUUUAAGAGAACCGCAACAAAACAGCUCAUUGGCUCAGACCUGAUCUGACUUAAAUGCAAAUGAAACUGAAGAGCAGAGGUGCAAAACUUUACCACCGACUGAAUUUCCGUUUACAGAAAAAAACACUCAGAGCAGAAACAGGAAACCACCAAAGUCAACGUGAGGCUGAAGCAAACUGUCAGAAAGAGCGAAACAACGAGGUAAGAAGUCUGUUUUCUUCUUAUCUCACAGUUUAUCGUUUGUUUUUCUCUCUUCUUUUCUUAUAUCAGCUCCACAUUAUUGAGUUAUGAAGUGAAUAUUUCAGAGGAGCUCUGCUUUUCUUUUUAACUCUAAUAUUCACAUUAAAAAACCAUCAAACCAGUUAUGAGCGGUAAAAACUGAACAAUUCAAAGGUGUAGAGUCUCCAAAGUAAGCUCACAGAUCACUUCUUCAACCUUAGAUUGAAAUAAUCUGUGAAAAUGUCUUUUUUGGUGAUUUUAUCAGCUGAUCAAAUCUGUAAAGUAAACAUUGAUUUGGUCCUAAAGUCUCAGGACUUUAGUGUCAAAACAGUCUGACAGUAAACAGCAGCAGUUUCUGACUUUGACGGGACAUCUAGUGUAGAAAUGUUUUCUUUAUUCUGUAAAGUGUUGACUCUAGUGUAGAUACCCAGAAGUGUCCGUCUCUAAGACUUUGGAUGAAGACAUCAGAACAAAAGAAAUAAUGAAGGACGGUCCAAAGACUAACAGACAGAGAAUCAACCUGGAUCUGUCCUCAGGACGGGUUUGAGGACAGAUCUGGAUCUCAACUUUAGGGGGUUUCUUGUUCUUGUGAGGAGGUGGUUUCAGUGUGAAGUUCAGCAACAAUUGUUCACAUAACAGGAACACUGAGCAGCACUGGGCGUUACUUCCUGAAACUCAGUUACUUCAUGUCACUCACUUCCUGUGUCUAAUAUUUGUAGUCCAGAAUGAGGAGUCGACCAAAUUAUGGAAGAAGAAAAAAAAAGGGAGAAACCUGUUUGUUCCUAAAGAAAGCACCAACACGUCUUAUAACAGAAAAUGUGUGUGUGUGUGUGUGUGUGUGUGUGUGUGUGUGUGUGCAUGUGGUUCCUCUGACAGGGUGAAGAUGGUCUCCAGGUUCCUGCUGCUCAUGGCUCUGAGCGUCUGUGUCUCUGGUUGGUUUCCACCUUCACUUUCUUCUCCACAAAGAGAAAAGAGGAGAUCCACUUUGAGACUGACUGAAACACUUGAACACUUCCAUUAGAAAAGAUGUUGAAAGACUCACAUGUUCCUGUGUUUCUCUGCUCCUCUCUUUCCCUCUCUGUCUCCUCUACAGGAACACUUGUAGUCAAAGUGACUAACAGCUCCUAUCAGGCAAAAGUGGACCAGAACCUCACCCUGGAGUGGACCUUCACACCCAAACCUGACAGCUCUCUGCAGACUCUGAACAUUUUCUGUGACAUGUUCAACAAUAAGAAAGACCCAGUCCUGUUUCAUCUCCAUAAAGGAGUGGAGGUCCCACAGAAGGAGGGAGACUUUGUAGGACGAGUCCAGUGUGACAAAGAGGUCCUCAAAGAGGGACAGAUCAGACUUCAUGUGUCCUCACUCAGGACUGAAGACUCAGGCUGGUAUCAGUGUGAAGUCCUCACAGAGUCUGGGAUCAGCUUGGACAGAUGUUUUCUCAAUGUGACUGGUGAGUUGAUUUAUUUCUCAGCAGAACUUUAAAAAGAUGUUCAGUUCAGGUUCUGUUUCUCUUUGGAUCUUCUCCAAACCUGAAUCAGACCUUUUAUGAACUUUAACAUGAAGGUCCUAAAAGUAGAGAGGGUCUCUGAAUCCUGGACUCUGAUUGGUAGAUGGUUCCAAAGGAGAAGGGUCUGAUUACUGAAGGUCCUGCCUCCUGUACGACUUUCAGAGACUUUACUAGAGCAAACUGAGACCUGCAGUAAUCACAGAAACAUGAUCAAGUCUUUGUUUGUCUCCUUCCAGCUGCCAAGAACCAGAGCAGGUCUGAGGGUGAAGCAGAGAGUCUAAACACAGAGAUGUGGGGAUUGAAAGACAUCGCCAUCGUUAUUACAGUGGGAACAAUAGUAGGAGCUGCUCUGGUCUGUAUUCCUUACUGUUGCAUCACUCGCAGUCCUUCUGUUUGUGAUCGUCGGGAAAAAAAGAGGAGGAAAAGCAAUGGGAUUGAAGUCAUCACAAAGACGCGGCUUUAUCACGAUUAAUCAGCAGUGUUAGUCCUGUCAUCAGUGUGCUAGAGAAUGAAUGCUAAUGUUAAGAGAUUUAACAGGUCAGAAGAUGAGAAAAACCCGACGGAUCAAGAAACUUCUCUUUGAGUGUACUCUGACCUCUGAACUCAGGCCUCAGUCCUGUUGGAGUUUUAUGAAGCGAUCAAUGAUCCACAGAUGGAUGAGCUCUUAGCAGGAUGAGUCCAGGGGGAGAGAGAGGUCAUCAGUGCUACGAUUAAACAAAAACUAGAGAGGGGACCCAGGUACAGAACGUAAAAUGUUUUAUUUCGACAAAAGACUAAACUGGACUCAUGAUUCAUUAACUAAGGAGGGAAAACUGAAGAAGUAAAACUAGAGCGGAUAAACAGGGACGGACUACUCUGAAAUAAGGAAGUGAAAAACCAAACAGUGAGAAACAAGAACAUAAGACUAACGAACACAGAACAGGAAAAUACAACUGUAUUACAAAAACAGGACUAAACUAACCAACAGGAAGUUAUCAUGACACUCAGAGCAGACAUAGCAGCAGAGAGACGAGGAAGGACGGACCUCUCUGGUUAAAUCUGCUGAUCAUCUUUUAAAAACAAAACUUUUAGAGAAGAUAAUCUUUUAAAGUGUUUUCAUCUUUGAUAAGCUACUUUUAUUCUGAGCCGAACAGUAUCAACAACAAGUUUGAUCUUUGAAUUGUUUUGAUUUAUAUAUGUUUAUGUGUGUAUGAGUGUGUUUAUAUUAAUAUAUGUUGUGAUUAUAUUUGUACAUAAACACAUAGUACUUUUAACCUACUUCAUGCUGGUCCAGGGUUUUUGUGUCCUUCUUUUCUUUCUGUUUUUAUCUCUCUGUUGUUGAAUUUUGUCCAUGUUAGUGACCUUUGAGAUUUUGAGUCAUUGGUCUCCUCACAUUUCUCUUUUAUUUCUAUUUUGUUUUCAUUGAUAAAGCACUUUGUAACCCUGGUAACAUGAUAAAGUCACUCCUUUCUUCUCAAUCUCAUGUCUACAGGGUCAAACAACUCUGACAGAGUUUCCUGUUAGAUUCUGUUCUUAUACUGCAGUCCUUUUUAAUGAUGUUAUAAAUCUUUUUCAUAAUUUCUUUUCUCUUUCAUGGACGUUCUAAGUUUUCAGUGACUUGUCUACCUUUGUGUUUCUCUUACCGUACAGUAGUUCAUUUAACUGAUUUUCUUUUUACUUUUUACUUCUCAGGGUCUAUAAAACCUGAAUUCCAGCAGCACCUUUUUAAAAAAAAAAAAGUAUUAUUAGCUCUAGAAUUUGUUAUUGAAGCACAGCAAUAGACAGGGUCUGGAGUGAAAGGGAGUGUUUGUAUCUUGUGCUCUUUAAAGAUCUCACUGCACUGUAUGAAUCUGUAUAAAACUAAUAAAAAUAUUGUUGAGUAAAAAAGUUUUUCAGACAUCAAAGUUAUUUUGUGAACAAAGUUGUUCUCCCUCCUCGGUGUAAAGAGUUUUCUGACUCAGCAGGGACCUCUGGUGGUUCUCAGCUGUAAGUACAUUAAAGGAAAAUUCCACCUAAACCUGCUUCUCAAACUUUUAUGGACACAAGAAGAGAAAA